GUAAGCAUUAUUGGACCUCGAUUUUGCAUAUCCACCAUUUCAAAAAAUUCUUUCUAGAUUGCAUCUUUCAGAAAUUAUUUAAGUAAAGCGAUGUUUUUUUUUAAUUUUUUUUAUUUUCUCUUUUAAAAUUCUCCUCGAGACCGUUCUGCGAAUGAUUCACUGAUCGCUGGUCAGCCGGCGCUUGAGACUUUUGGACGGCGGGAAGCUUGUUUAGUGCAGAAUUUUGCAAAAGCACUCGAACCUUGUCGACCAAAGAGCAGAUUUUGCCGGACUUUCCAGCAGAAAGCGAAGUGGGGUUUGCAGAGGCAGCGUCGCAACCCCAGAAACGUACUUGCAGCGGCAGCUUCGCCGUUAAUGCACGAUAUUCAAGUCACAACGCCUCCUGAGAACACCACAAGAUCCAGAAAUGGACAUGGUUUGCGAACCCACUUCUAGAGAAGGAGAAGAACAGGGGAAGCCCGUAUUGGUGAUACUGGUGGGUGCGCCAGGCAGCGGCAAGUCCGCAUUCUGCGAACGUGUAAUUGGUUCCUCCGCCCGACCCUGGUUCCGAGUCUGUCAGGAUACGAUUGGAAAUGGCAAAUCUGGAACAAAAGCUCAGUGUCUAAAGAGUGCAGCCAGUGCUUUGAAGGAUGGCAAAAGUGUAUUUAUUGACAGAUGCAAUCUAGACAGGGAACAACGUGCAGAGUUUAUGAAGCUUGGUUGUUCCCAAGUAGAUGUGCAAGCUGUAGUGCUAGAUCUUCCUGCCCAGGUUUGUAUUUCGCGAUCUGUGAAGCGGACUGGACAUGAAGGCAACUUGCAAGGUGGAAAAGCUGCUGCUGUUGUGAAUCGAAUGCUACAAAAGAAAGAAUUGCCUAAGCUGACUGAAGGGUUCUCUCGAAUCACAUUUUGCCAGAACGACUCAGAUGUUCAAGUUGCUCUUGAUACAUACAUUGCACUUGGUCCAUCGGAUACCCUUCCAUCUGGCUGUUUUGGCCAGAAGAAACCAGAUGCCAAAAUCCAACUUGGUAUUAGGAAGUUCUUGAAAAAGGUGGAAGUUCCUGUUAAUGCCAGUGCUGAUGCAAAGAUAUUGCAGGAUUCUGUUUCUACUGAAAGUAGUAAGGAAAUGGAUCCCUGCUGCGAAGCUCCUGAAAAUGCUUGCUCAUCAUCAGGUAACCCUGUUGAUAAGGCAGAUGUAGGUAAGAGCCGAGCUGUGGGCUCUGAUAGUGGUACUGUUUCUUCAAAUGAUGUUCCCACUUUAGCAUUUCCAUCUAUAUCGACUUCAGACUUCCACUUCAACCUUGAGAAAGCAUCUGAUAUCAUAGUUGAGAAAGUUGAAGAGUUCAUGAGUAAGCUUGAGAAUGCUAGGCUUGUUUUGGUGGAUUUGUGUCAUGGAUCAAAGAUUUUGUCUUUGGUUAGGGCUAAGGCUGCACAAAAAAACAUCAACUCGGACAAAUUUUUCACAUUUGUUGGAGAUAUAACUCGACUUUAUACAGGAGGAGGUUUACGGUGCAAUGUAAUAGCUAAUGCUGCCAACUGGAGACUGAAACCUGGAGGUGGAGGCGUGAAUGCUGCUAUUUUCAAUGCUGCAGGUCCAGCUUUUGAUGCUGCAACCAAGUUACGAGCUGGAUCUCUUCUGCCUGGGAAAGCUUUGGUUGUCCCUCUUGCUUCAAGUUCCCCGUUGUUCAGCAGGGAAGGCGUAACUCAUGUCAUACAUGUUCUUGGACCAAAUAUGAACCCCCAAAGACCAAACUGUCUCAACAAUGAUUAUAUUAAAGGUUGCAAAGUUCUCCGUGAGGUUUACUUGUCACUCUUUGAAGCUUUUAUAUCUCUAGUAAAGACCCAAGCAAAUUCCUCCAAGAGAGGUGAUGAAAGUUCAGGGCCUGAGUCUGAAUCUCAAGAUUACCUUCUAGAAGAAAUUCCUAGAAAUCAUUUUCUGAACAGUGAGCAGAAGUUCAAGAGGGAGGGUGUCCAUGAAUCUGAUAGCAACAAAAAGUCCAAAGGAGUACAAGAAGUGUUUGGCCAUGAUACUAAAGAUUGUAGAGAUGGAAAGGAAAUCCCAAACAAGGACAAGAUUGAUAAAAGCACCAUCAGAUCCUGGGGUUCCUGGGCUCAAGCUCUAUACAACAUUACCAUGCAUCCUGAGAGGCAUAUGAAUGAGGUGCUGGAAAUAUCUGAUGACGUUGUUGUAUUAAAUGAUCUUUUUCCCAAGGCACAGUGGCACCUUCUGGUGUUGGCACGAUUUAAAGGUCUUGAUUGUCUGGCGGAUGUACAGAAAGAGCACCUUUCUUUAUUAAAAACAAUGCAUACUGUGGGUUUGAAGUGGGCUGAAAAAUUUUUGUCUGAGGAUUCAUCAUGUGCAUUCCGCCUUGGAUAUCAUUUGAAUCCAUCAAUGCGACAACUGCACCUUCAUGUAAUCAGCCAGGACUUCAAUUCAAAGCAUCUAAAGAACAAGAAGCACUGGAACUCAUUUAAUUCUGGUUUCUUCCGUGAUUCAGUUGAUGUAAUUGAGGAAAUCAGCAAUCACGGGAAAGCAACAUUAAAAGAUGAUGACACCUUCUUGUCGAUGGAGUUGCGUUGCCAUCGUUGUAGGAGCGCUCAUCCUAAUAUACCCCGUCUCAAAUCACACAUUAGCCACUGCAAAGCACCUUUUCCGUCCACUCUUCUUCAAAAUGGUCGUCUAGUUCUUGCACCUGGUGACCCAGUUAGGCGAGCAGAUCAGGCUCACAGGUAGAGAGGCGACAGUGCUUCCCUAUGAGUAGAGUGAGUAUUUUUGGUAGGUUAUUUUUGUAUAGUUUUAGUUUCAGUGGAGGGCAUUUUGGAGGGCAGUUGUUUAUGUAUAUCUUGGGAUUACAUUAGCACUCUCGUAUUGUACUGUAUAUAUAUGAUUGUGGAUUUAUGUGAAUUCAGAUUCUCACUGCUUAGGCUGUAGU